CUCCUUUCACUUUCUUUAACUACUUUUUUCACCAUCGUCUUUUUUUUUUUCCCCUCUCCCUCCUCCCCUUUUACCUCUCCUUUCGUUUAUACAUUCAAUCAAUAUCUCCCUUAUGAUAAUGAACUCCUAUUGUCUUAUUCUACUUUUUACAUCAAUAAAACCCACACUUGAUCCUUUUCCUUUCUAGUUUUACCGUUUCUUCUUCUUCUUUUUUUUUUUUUCUUCUUCCUUUCUUUCUUUUUUUCUUUCUUUUUCUUUAUACUUUUAUUCAUCUCAUGACUCAUCUAAGCGACUUUAGUUUUUUACAACGUAUGGUCUCUUUGGCCUAUUUAUCAGUCUGGUUCUUAUAUCGAGUAUGGAAAUUGGAUAGAUUUAGAUGUCUUCAUCCUCAUCGGUUUCGUCAAGGUGAAUUGAAAAGUGUAGUAACAGCUCUAAUAUUAGUCAUGAUACCUUUCCAGUUAUAUUAUGAUGUCACAUCUUGUAAAAUCAAGUAUGAAGAAGGAUUUGCUAGUGUAUUUGGACAUAUUUUUACCAAGCCAGAAAUGAUGUGGACAAAAGCAGAUCAAGAACUCGUGGUACCUACAAAUUAUAGUCUAUGUAUUGGUCUAUCCUUACAAACUGGUACACUCUUAUUAUUACAAUGCUUUUGGAAUUAUCUUGCAAACUCGGUGGCCAAAGCUAGCUUCAUGAGUAGUCGUGAAUUUUUAUUCUAUAUUAUUUGGACUUUUGUCAGUAUCAUCAUCUUCCCUGUUUUACAAUACAAUUUCUCUCGUGAAAUCUAUGAUCCUACUUAUAAAGAAAUCAUGCCUGAAUUAGUAUACGGUUUUGAAAUCUUUUUUGUGGCCUGUUUGGGUGUUGUGUCUCACUUUCGUUUCCGAAAAUUGUUGAACAAUUCUCGUGACUCCAACAAUGCACGAUCCAUUACACACAAGAUACGUUAUUUCCAAGAAUUGAACCUUAUUUUGACAGUGGUCUUAUUUAUUGACGCUAUUGCCUUCAUUAUUCUCAGUGCCGAUGGUUUGACUGGAAGAAAGACUUUGAAUGCACAUAAAUUCUCGGCCGAUUUCUUAAUCUGCAACAUUAACAUUAGUACAUUAAUCGUUUGGUUCUUGGUCAUGUUGAUUUUCCAUCCCAAACCUCAAGGUAGUACUUCUCAAGGAAUGCAAAACCCUACCAAUGAUUUUCUCUCCAAUGGCAAGCAACUCGAUGGUUAUCCAGGUUCACCACCCAUGAUGACUCAAGCAUCUCAAGCAUCAAGUGAUUAUUUACAAUAUACAAAAUCUGUUGGUGUGUCUAUUAAUUCACCCUAUCCAGCAAGUGCUACUUACCAAUUGGGUCCUUUACCUCCUCCACCAUCAGAAACUAUGCAUCAUAAUAAUUCAGUAGCUUCUUCUACCCCAUCAACGGCUACACUUGUCUCUUCACCCAAUUAUCAAGGCAGAAGAUCAAAAGGUAUGACUAUGGAUCCAACUGAAAGUAUGAUUGAUGAUACUACCCAUUUACCACCUUAUCGACCUGUUGGUAACAAUCAUACUCAACCACGUUCUGGUCCUGGAGCUGCUAUCAUGGAACCUAUUUUAUCAGAAGAUGAAAAUUCUCAAUGUCGUCACUGUCAUCAAUGUCAGCAACAACCAACACAUACCAAUGAUUCAACAAUGCAUACUAUAGUCAAUGUGGAUAAUGAUCGAAAUGAACGUUAUUCAGGUGAUGCUCUCUCUCUUUCUCACCGAGAUACCACUUUCAAUUCUAUGGCAAUGUCACAUACAUCUGAAGAAAAGCGAACUAGUCAAAAUGAAUCAAUGAUCACCAAUCAACUUGCUGCAGACUCUGACACAGAUGAUACUGGUGUAGCGCCUAAUAGAAACCCCAACUGGCAACUUUCUUUGGACUUUUCUGAAAAGGCAACAAAUAAUGUGAAACGGGAAAACUCUGAUGAUUCUAUGUGGUUACAUCAAUCUCCAAAAGGUGUUGUGGGCUCUGGAUAGAAACUGAUCCAAAUCAUCCGUUUAGUUCAUCAUAUUAUAUAGUUUUUCUUUAUUCUUUUACUUAUACAUUUUUAUUUUAUUUUAUUUAUUUAUUU